GUCACACUGCCUGGCAGAAAAAUUGCAAUUGCAGCAGCGAAACAAAACGAAAAUCCCAAACAAAUCCACUUGCAAACUAAAUAUAAAAUAAAACUGCAACGCAGUCAAACUACUUGGUAAACGGAUGGAACUGUAAUAAAGACACGCAACAGAGUAUUGGCAGGGAAAGGCGAACUUAUUGUCGCGCGCGUUGUGGGGGAAAACGCGUUGCGUUCUUUUCCAUUUUGUGUGUGUUACCUUACAGCACACACACGCACGAACGCGAACACACACACAACACACAUCCGCGGCCACAUACACACCAACGACCAGAGGCAAAGGCGACGAGUGAAAGUGGAAGUGCAUCUAUCUGUGAUUUGAUUUGUAUAAUAAUGCGUCGCGCAUACGCAAAUUUCGGUUGCACCAAAGAUUAACAAGUGAUCCUUGGUACGGAGUGGGAUUGGGGACUCGGACUCGAAUUCGGUUUCCAAGUGUAACAACAAACGAAGUGAAAUCGAAUGGCCGAGCAAGUGGAAAAUGCGUUGGCGUUGACGCACACCAAAGAAAUGCUGCCCAAGUGUUCCGAUUUGGAGGCGUCAGAGGAGGCGGCACUCAGCUCUGGCAGCGAAGAGGAGCCCCCAGACAACGGGGAGGCUAUUAACGGUGAACUGGACGCUUCCUGCUACCAUGUGAGCAUGAAAAUGUCCAUCGAUGCGGCCACACCGCGCCUAUGUGGCGAGCUUUUUGUGCCGUUGAAAUGUGAUGCCCUGGCGGCUGCACUGCCUGUUGCCCUGGGCGCUGCCGCCGCCGCUGAUGCUGACACCGACGCAGAUGCUGCUGCUGACGAUGCCUCUGCCAGCACGCUUACCCCCGCCCAUGCUCACGCCAAAGUGGCUGCACAGCUGCCGUCGCCACCGCCCAACCAGGCGAUGCCGGCACGGAGCGGCACGCCACCGUGCCAGCUGUUGGAGCGUCUCAAUUUCCCAGAGGGCAACAUUAUCAACACGCUGCACACGAUCCUGGCCCUGCCGCCAUUCGAUCCAUAUGCACCGCCACCCAAAUCGGACGUUGUCUACAAGGAUGUGGUGUCGUUGAUGCAAUGGAGCCUGCGUGAUGAUAACGCCAUCGAGCUGGAGCUGAGUGACAAAUUGUUGCACGAGUGCGAGCACAAGAGCAACGAUCCCAACGAGGAAGCGCGCUCGUAUUUGAUGGCCAUUGAGAACAUGAGACUGUUCUCGGAGGAUCCAAAGAAUCCGCUGCGCGAUGCCGAUGGACAGCUGCGUGCAAUUACGCUUUAUUUUCAGAAUCUUGCCUUUAUAUUUGUGAAGCAUCGCAAGGAUGAGUUCUUCACAUUCUGUUCCUGCAAGGAAUGUCUCGAAUAUCGCGAAACCAUUAUGGCCAUCAUGAUGGAUCAAUUUAAGGCUGCACACAUGGUGGUUAUGCUGCUAGAUGUAUUAAUUAAGGCCUACAGCCCCAUGUUGAAAAACGAUGCUGCCUAUAACAAAUUUGAGAAGCUGCUUGAAUGCAAUAAGGAAAUAUAUUGGAUUACCAGCGGCUAUCUAUACGAUAAGAAUGCCGAAUAUCUUGAUUUUAUUGAUGACACAGCGAUCUCCGACAACAUGAUAUUAGUGCUAUUCAGCGCCAUUUUGAUGGCCAACAACCCGAUGCUUUUGCUGCAAAUACUCGCCUACAAUGUGGAAUGCAUUGUGAAGGCAUUCUCCGAGGGCAUGAUUGAGAUUGCCCUAAAUAUACAGGAGAACGAAAAGAUAUCCGCCGAGAGGAUGCUGACAUAUAUACUUGAUGGCUACUCUGACUUGAAUUGCAUCUCACAGAAAAUUUCGCUUAGUUUGUUUGCGUUUGAGAAUGAUUUCCUGCGCAAGUUUAAGCUGUCGUGGGUGCUGCUGUGCCAGCGCUUGUUUCAGCAGCAUGUCUUUACGCCGCUGGGGGAUACCAUGCUGGCGUGCAUUCUGUCGCUGAAGGAGGCCGCACCCUCGGCGCAGACGACGGCGCUGAUCAAGCGCUAUAUGCUGUUCGAUGAGCACAUGCAUUCGAUUGAACGCCGCUGGACGGACAUUUGGAUCGAGCUUAACAAGUUUAACUUGUCGGACACGGAGCACGAUCGUCGGAUGGGCCUCUUGGAUGUGUAUAACAUAUUCGACAAGGUCGUCCUAGAUGCCACCUCCUUCUCCCUGCCCGACAUAAGCGACGAUGAGUUCAUCGACUUUCAACGCAUUGUCGAUCGUCAGCUGGCCUGGAAGAACAUUAUGGCCUUUACGAAAUUGAAGUGGCCCGAUGGCUUUUACGAUCCACCCAACAAGCUCGUGCACGAGGAUCUAUGCAAGAAGUGUAAUUCGCUGCUGGAACACCAUCAUGAGAACUGCAAAUGCAUCACUUGUUCUAUUGCCGGCACACCGCUGCGUCCGCGGCUGGCUGGCCAUUGUGCCAAGUGCACGACGCUUGGGAUUGUCGAAAAGGAUCCAAAGCUCAUGAAGUCCAAAAUUCUCAGCACCUGUACCAGCGAUGAGGCUAAGCACAAUGCGGCAACGGCAGCGGCAGCCAGCACCAGUUUGGCAGCCCAGCAGCGCCGCUGCAACGAGCUACCACCCGACACAGCUGUCGAUGAGCAGCCCAGCAGCAGUGGCGCGGUCUUCCGACGACAGUCGGAGACCGAUGUGCUUCGCACAACAUAUCACAUUGCAUGGGCCGUGUUCCAGCAUUUGACCACUCGCAAGCGCUAUCGACACGAGGCCAUCGAGUCUCAGUACUUUUGCGGCGAGAAUUGUCGCGUUUCCGCCUGCCAAUUGGCACGCAAAAUUCUUGCCAAUCAAUUGUCGCCGCCACUGACAAAGUAUUUGCUGCGCUGCUUUCAGCCGCUCUCGUUUACGCGCGAAGAGCUGCGCUCCACGCUGCCAUCGCUGAUGUUCUUCAAUCGCAAGCUGGCGCCGAGUCCCGCCGAGCUGCAGGAGCUUAAGAAUCAGCACUAUGUGUACAAAACCUACUGGACCUUUGUCCUGUCCAUCUAUGCCAACUUCUUUGUCAAAUUCAACUCGAACAGCACGGACUUUAAGCAUCUGGAGCUACUCAAAGGUGAUCUACGGCUGCGUCUGAAUAGUGUUGUUGGCGACAAGGACGAUGGUCGAUUCGAGCAGUUUCUAGCACAGGUUAUUGGCUACUCUCCCUUCAAAAUCACCGAUGAUUUCACGCUGGGAGAUGCCAACAUAGAGAAGAUGCAAUUUGGCGUUGAUCAACUGAUGAUGUUGCACGACUCACAGAUAAUCAAACGCACCAAGCCGGACAGCACCACUGGCUUGGCCUCGUCCAAGUCCAAGACGAGUGACAUGACCAUGACGCAGCCGGGCGGACGUGCCAACAAUGGAGGUGGAUCCAAAAAGAGCAAAGAGAAGAUGCGCAAGUGCUGUGCUGACUAUGCGGACAUUGGGGAGCCGUGCAAGGAAAAUCACUCGAAGAAGCGCGUCAAGAAGGAGUGCAGUCAUGCGCGCUACAACGAGACACGCGAUCGCCUUCGCAAGAAGUUGUCGCAGAUUGUCAACGAUCGGAAGAGCAAGAAUGCCCAAGAGGCGAGCACACCGCCCACAGUUGCUGCUGCCUCUCCAGCUCCUGCUCCUCCUGCAGCCGCGCCAGCCAAGGCCAAGCCGAAGCCAGAGCCUGAGGCGGUGGCAUCCGCAGCAAACCCACCAAAACGUCCACCCAAAGCAGAGUCCGUGCAGAAUCAACCUCCAACGCUGAAAGUUUGUGCCACAGCGCAGCUGCAGUCGAGUCUGUCUGCGCCAGCGGUAGCACCCCCGUCAGCAGCCCUUAACGAGAUGGGAGAUGAGGGCAAGCGGAACAACGAUAGUCUGCUGUGCCUCCACAGCCUCUGCAAGAGCAUACCUGUGCAGCCGGAUGCAGCCACAGUUGCGGAUUGUAAUGAUGCGGAUGCGGAUGAUGAUGAUGAGGAUGAGGGUGGAGUCGAUGAUGAUGAGAGCGUGGCAGUUGAGGGCGAAAGCAACAGCAAUAGCAACAGCUAUCCCGGCGACUACACCAAGGAGGAGAUGAUGCACGACUUUGCCGAGUUCCUGGGCAGCUACACGCGCGAACAGGAUCAGCAGCGUUGGAUCAACGAAACGUUGAACUUCAUCGAAGGCAAGUCACAGCAGCCGCAGACCAUGAAUCCGAAGAAGGCGGCCAAAAAGGCCAAGCAGAAGCAGCGAAGGGAAGAGGAGAAGCGAAUCAAGGAGCUGGAGGAUUUGCGCAGCCAAUUCCUGGGCAUCUACUUCAAGGAGUUCGUGGACAAGUACGAGAUGAAGGCUCUGACGGCUGCUGGCGGCCGAAAGCGCGAGAAGAAGCGCAUCAGCGAGCUGGAGGCCAACAUUAAGAAUCUCCAGCGAGCCAAGGGCAAGGUGGAGACGGGCAUUCUGGAGCUAAUAGCCACCGUGAAGCAGGCCAAUAGCGAGUUCAAGUUCUCCUAUCUACCCACAAAAGAGCAGCAGCUGGCCAAGCUGGAUGAGAUUGUCAAGGGGCGUUGUACGAGUGCCGCAAAGCCAACACCAGCACCAGCGGCGACUAACACGCUGUUUAGCGGCGCCUUCUUUCCGGGACAACAGAACACUCCGCCAGUGUGCUACUCUCCGCCCCAGCAGCAGCAACAGCAGCAGCAACAACUUUUCCAUUCCAUCACUGCCGAUCCCUCGAAGCGCAUUGUGACCAUACGACGUGUUCAACUGCCCCAUCCGGGGGCCGAGCAGCAGGUGACUGUUGUCGCCAAAGGCAGCUCACCGCACGAGGAUAAGCUGCUCUACACAUUCGUCAACGGGCAUAUGGUGGCCUCUGCACAUCCCGAGGCGGCAGCUGCAUCUGGUAGCUCGCAGCAGCCAGCGCCCAGUGUGCCGGAGAAGAGUGCCAAGGCUAAGAAGAAAGAGGCUAAGCGUGCAGCGGCAGCGGCUGCUGCUAAUGCGGCUGCCACAGCUGCUGCUGCUGCUGCUGCUGCUGCUGCCGCCGCUGCUGCAAAUGCUGCCGCUGCUGCGGCCGCUGAAAAGGAAGCCAAGAGUCAAAACGUCGCCAAGACCAGCAAAAAGCAACAGAAAAAGAAAGCUGUGGCUGCUGUUGUGGGUUCCUCGAGUUCUGCCUCUAACAACAGUUCCAAAUCCCACACGCCUCAGAGCAGUGCCGUCAACACGCGAGAGAACUCCGUCUGCAGCAUGCCACCCAAGGCUGCAGCGAGCAAAAAGAGUGCCAAGACUGCGCCGGUGGUGAAACCCAUUAAAGCGCGGCCACAGCCCACCGAGGCGAAGGUUACGCCCUUGCCAGAGCCCCCCAAAAGACAAAAGCGCGUCAAGCCCCGGCUGGAACAGGGACAGCUUGACAAUAAUCCAUUCAAGUCGCUUCACAUGCAGGACUCCUCGGAGGGUGAUUGUUCCACCAGCAGCGAAACGGAGGAGAGUCCAACCCUGCCUCCCCCACCACCUCCCAAGGCCGCUCCCAAAGUGUCAGCGCCUAAGCAGACGCCUGCUCCAGCUGUCGCUCCAUUGGCCAGCAAGUCGAAAGCAGCUGCCACGCCAGCGCCUGCUGCUGUCAAGCAUGUGAAGCAGUCGGAGACUGUGCCACAAAAGUCACAACAAACGCAGGCUUCCAAGCAGCCUACGCAGACGAGUGCUAAUACACGCAAGGGCGUUGCUGCCUCAAGCAAGACGGGGCAGCAGCAACAGCAGCCACAGCAGCAGCAGCAGCAGCAGCACCCCAGCAAGAGCCAGUCGCAGCGCAGCACAGAUUCUUCGAGAAAGCAAAAGGCUCAGGGGCAGUCCGAUCGUCAGCAGCAGCAGCCACACCAGCAGCAGCAGCCACACCAGCAGCAGCAGCAGCAGUCGCAGCAGCAGCAACACUCGGAUUCCAUUUCAAAUGUGGGUGAAGCCAGUGCAGCGCCCAGCGGUGCAGCAAAGCGAUCGCAACGCGGCAAGCGCGGACAUCGCCAGAAGCAGGAAGAUCUCUCUGGCAUUCCACACAAUAUGGGCUAUUUUAAUCCCAACGAAGUUGCCAUUCCACCGGCCAUGUCACAUGCUCCUGGCAGUGCUGGUAGUGGCAGCUAUGCGAGCACUUUGGCCCAGCAAAUGCAGCACUUGCGCAUCAGCAAUCCCUCCUCCUCCGCCUCCACAUCGAAGCUACAGCAGCAGCAGCAGCAGUCGCCCAAUUGCAGCAUUAUGGAUCAGCUGAAUCGUGGCGUACAGGUGGAGCAUCUCUCCCUACCGCCAGGCAUUACGCUGACCAAAGUGGAUCCGGCCAAAAGUGAGCAGCUGCGCCAGAAGAGCGAAUCCAUUCGACUGCUGUCCAAGCCGUUGGUUGAUCAGCCGCAACAGCAGAACCAGCACCAGCUGCAUCUCCAGCAGCAUAACUUCCAACAGUCACAGCUCAUGGCUGGCUACUAUGGUGCAGCAGGUGCCUCUGGCAUGGAUCCCAAUGCUGUCAUCAUGGUGGAGGCCAAUCCACGUCCCAAUCGUAAUAGCCAGUCCUUUGUCGCCUCCAAUGUGGCAGCGGCUGCCUCGGCGGCAAGUGUCAGUGGCAGUGGCAAAUCCUCGCGACGUCGUCGUCGCAAUCGUGGCAAGUCCGGCGGUGGCAGUGCUAGUGGCGGGAACUCUGGCGGCGCCAAUAAGCAGCGUAGCGGAGGACCUGGAGGGGAACACCAAAAGUCUGCCGCUGCAGCAGCACAUGCAGCGACCAUUGAGGCCAAUGCCGCUGGCAACAUCAUUACGCUGCGUAAUCCAAUGUUCCAUUCGGGCAACGGACCAACAGCAGCAGUAGCCGGCGGCGGCAGCAUGAUGCCAACCAAUCCGAAUCCCAUGCCAGCGCCAGCACGAAAAUUUGGCGGUGGCUUGCCCGCUGCAGCCCCACCGAUGGGUGGCAUUGAUCCACCUGCGGCGAUUAUUAAGAAUGAGAACGGAAUGUUCACCAUACGCAAUCCGGCGCUGCAUCAGGCUGUCACCAAUGGCCUGGCCAUGGGCGGCUUCCGUCAGUUUAGCAGCAAUGUCAGCUACUAUACGCCACAGGAGGCUGCGGCUGAGGCAGCGCGUGCCACACAGCAGAAGCAUCAGCAGCAGCAGCGACAGCAAGCUGCAGCUUCCAGCCAUAGCAGCAGCAGCAGCUCCUCUGUGGCAGCGGCAUCCAGCGAUUUCUCAUACUUCUCGAGUGGUUCGGUUGGCAGCGGCAGUACCAGUGGCGGCAGCAAUGGCAACGGGACGCACAACAAUAUCAGUAUUAGCUGUACAAACGUUCCCCUGGGCAGUGGCAGUGGCAGCAGUGGUUCCGCCAACAGCCCCGGACGACUGAUGGGCGAAGCGGCGGUCAUUGCACGUCCCAAGCAGUCGCAAAAGUGUCUGUCGGCGAUUGGCAGCGAGCUGAAACAAAAGACCAAAGACAGCCACUCGACAGCAGCCGCAACGAGCCAAUGGUCCACCUAUGGUCAGACGCAACAGCAGCCAGAGUAUGGUCCAGCCGGCGUGGGACCAGGCGGUUCCGUCUUGCAGGAGAAAUACCAGCAGUCGAGCUACUACAACGGCUUCGAUGUCUUCUCCGCCGGCCCGUCCCAGGUGCCAUGCGGCGGGCAGGGACAAGGCGACUGCCAUAUGCAUCAUAGCUGUGGCGACGACUCACCGCCGCCCACCAUCACUGGUUUCAAUUCCUACCUUGAGGGCAUACCCAACACCGGCGUCAUAAGCUACGACGACGCUUCCUUCCUCAAGAACUUGAUACCGGGACAGCAUCUCAACAACGAGGUCUCGAUACACAAUAUCUCGGAGUCUAACUUUACGCGCAACAACACAUCGCCAUCGCCGCAUCGCGUGGAGAUAACCAGUGUGUUUGGCAAUCGUGUGCACUCCUCCAAUGCCAAUCCCUACGAGCAGCAGUCAUCGCAAACGGGGGUCUCCUCCAGCGGCAGCUACUGCGAUAGCGUAGGCGCAGACUAUGGCAGUGAUUCCCACCUGUUUGUGCAGAGCGGCAUGAUGCCACGACUGUCACAGGCGACGGCGGGUCCGGGACCGGAUCCAUUUGUCUAUGACUUUGAGCCGGCCAGUCAGCAGUCCAAAGCAGCCAGUGUGGCCAGCGAUUUGAAUGAGUUUCUGCGCCGCAGUCCGCUGAGCCAGCGCACGUCACCCUACAGUCCCGACGAGAAUGCGGCAGCUCUGGAGACAUUUGUCCAGAAUAUGAACGCCCUGCAGAUAGCGAGCGAUGCUGAGCAGUGCUCGCGUCUGAAUGGAACUGGUGGCGGCCCAAAUGAUGCAACCGUGGCGGAUGCAACAGCUGGAGGCGCAGCCGCCGCUGCCUCCUGGUGGUAAACACACAAACACACAUACAAUCCCGGAUGGAGCUGGCACACACACACACAUCCAAGCGGUAGCCACGCCCCGUUACGCAGACAUUUCAUUGAUAAGAUAAACGAAAGAAACAAAAAAACAGGAAAAGGAUCCAAGAAAUGAUUCAAAAAAUGGCUUAAAAGUCAAUUUCGAUGUUUCAACAAAAAAGC